AUGAGCGCCGAGGAAAAGGUGGCGAUUGGAAAAUGUCGCGUUCUCGCCAUGAAGACAAUUGAAGAUAUGAGCCAGGAGUGUAUGCCUGACCUACUAUCUGGCUGGAAUUCCGUCUGGUUCUGCUUCCAGGCGUGCAUGGUCUCUCUCGUCUCCUUGUUCAGCGACGCGAGCAUGCCCGAAGAAGUACACAAAUGGCAAGCCUCCAUCGAGACGGCUCUACAAUUCUUCGAUUCUAUCCGCGACUACAGCAUCGCAGCGAAGCGAAGUAAAGACGCCGUCUCAAAGCUCUACCAAGCCUACAAAGCCUAUGCAGUUCCGGCCACACAAAUACCCCCACAAAUAUCAAUGUCGCAACAUCAAUACCAGGCUCAGACCCCAUAUUCGAUGGCCCCGAAUCCUAUGCAACUCGGCGCACAUACAAAUCUCGGAGCACGGAAUCCUUACCAGUUCAAUCCAGGCACCCCAUCAUGGUCCAGCGACCCAAAUUUCCUCAACAAUUUCUGGGACGACAUGAUGUGGGACACCAACUUGCCUGAUCUGCUCGAGCAUCCGUUCGGACUGAGCAACGAAUUCGAAUAUGGCGGCGCCGCACAGGAUUCUGGGAACAAUGGUUGGCUGCAGGGGAACUGA